GACUAGAGAGGGAUACGUUAGCCCAAUAGAUUCUCCCACCUGCGGAAUCUUUUUGACAAGUCAGCAAUGGUUUCGUCCAAAUGCUUCAGCCUCCGUCUACAUCCCCAUCCCCAUCCCCAUCCCCAUCCCCACCACCUCCACCACCGUCAACGCCAUGGCAUCCCAAAUAGCCCAGCAACUUUCGCAAAUCGCAGAAGGGAUCACCCCUUCAACACAAACCAAACUCCCGCACCAACUCAACUGUCCAUUUCCGACAGAAGUGAAGCUUAUCAUCCCAACACCAGUAUCCUCCAAAGUGGGAUAUGUCCCCCCGCCAUUUUAACCAUGGCAACAAGUCAACCCCAGUGUAGUCCCGAGUUUGACGUUCUUGCCCCUGAUCCAACUCUAACCAAUGAUGAUCUCAAGCCAACAGCCUCCGGUCAGCGGACUUUUUCUGGAUUGGAAAUGGCCACCUUGUGGAUUGGCCUUGUGGUGGGAGUCCCAUCCUACUAUCUCGCCGGAAGCCUUGUUGACCUCGGAAUGGCCUGGUGGCAGGGCAUUGCGACAGUUGUUGCAGCCAACAUAAUUCUAUUAGUUCCGCUAAUUCUCACAGGCCACCCUGGCACGCGUUACGGCAUAUCAUUCCCUGUCUUGGCUAGAUCUUCCUUUGGGAUUCGCGGAGCCCAUAUUCCAACUCUGCUCAGAGCAUUGGUCGGUUGUGGUUGGUACGGGAUUGAAUCAUGGAUUGGAGGUGAGGCAAUUUUCCUUUUAUUGCCGGAGGCUGUUAAACAAUCAGCCUUCUCACAAACUUUGCCUUGGCUCGGCACUUCGGUUGUUGAAUUUUCUUGUUUUAUUGUAUUCUGGCUCGUACAAUUGGCAAUUGUUUGGAAUGGAAUCGACGGUAUUCGGGAGCUGGAAAAGUACUCUGCUCCGAUUCUGAUCGUGCUCACCUCUUGCCUUCUUGCAUGGUCCUAUAUCAACGCCGGCGGAUUUGGUCACAUGCUCUCUCUAUCUUCAAGGCUGUCAUCUUCAGAAUUUUGGGCACUCUUCUUUCCUUCACUGACUGCAAACAUAAGUUUCUGGGCUACGCUUGCCCUGAACAUCCCUGAUUUCACCCGAUAUGCAAAGUGUCAAACUGAUCAGAUCAUAGGCCAAGCAGGGCUUCCAAUUUUCAUGGGUGCAUUCACAUUCGUUGGCUUAGCAGUAACUUCAUCAACUAAAGCCAUUUUCGGCCACGUCAUCUCCAAUCCAAUUCAAUUGCUGGGCGAAAUUGGAGGGCUCUGGACGAUGAUCCUUUCUAUUUUUGGCAUCAGCCUAGCAACCAUCACAACCAACAUUGCUGCUAACGUUGUGGCCCCUGCCAAUGCGCUAGUCAACCUGAGCCCUUCAAGAUUUACCUUCAGACGAGGUGCAUUGCUCACUGCAGUUCUUGGAAUUGCAUUCCAGCCCUGGAGACUUCUCAAGUCUAGUGAGAGCUUUGUUUACACAUGGCUAGUUGGCUACUCUGCACUUCUAGGACCGAUUGGGGCCAUUCUGUUAGCAGAUUAUUAUCUUGUUCAGAAAACUAAUUUAAGUAUUAAGCAACUCUACACAUUGGAUCCUCGGGGUGCAUAUUAUUACUCGGGCGGAUUCAACUUGGCUGCAAUGACGGCUCUGGUUCUUGGGAUUUUGCCAGUAGUUCCAGGAUUCUUGCAGAAGGUUGGGAUUUUGAGCUCAGUUCCAGAAUCACUAGUUCUUGUUUACAACAAUGCUUGGUUUUUCAGCUUCUUUUCUGCUGGAAUUCUCUACUGUAUUUUGUCAUGUUUGAAGGGAAAAGAGAACAACGAUGCGUCCAUGGACCCCCUAGUAUCAUCUACAUCCUAGUCUGCCUACUAAAUAUGUUUUUUUUUUCUCUCUUAUUUCUAAGGGAAGUAGGCAAUAGGUUUUAUACAGCGUGCAUAGUUUCAAGUGCACCUUAAAUUUGCAGCAACAAAGGAGUUCAAAUCUUCUUGUGAUCGUUCAAUGAUCCAAAUUUGUACCAUGUAAAACCGCUGCAUCCAACCCCUUGGAUACGGAAUUAUGCAACAAAUGAGCUUACCAAAGAAAAAUUAUAUAAUAAUUUGGGCAUA